AUGUCGAAUAAUUCUUCUAUAUAUACAAGUACUCAAUCAUCGACAAUAUCUCAAACAACAACAAUUGUCUAUAAUGAUCGUUUAUUUUUACAUACAGUAGCUUGUCAAGCUAUUGCUGGAGCAUUUACUUGGGCAGCGAUUCUUAUCACUGGUUAUCAUAUUUAUCUUCAUUUACGUCAUUAUAAUGUUCCAUCCGAACAAAAAUGGAUUGUUCGUCUUUUAUUCAUAGUACCUAUUUAUUCAUUUGUAUCAUGGCUUAGUUUAAUUCUUUUUACAAAUGAUUCAUAUUAUGUCUAUUUUCAUGCUAUUCGAGAUUGUUAUGAAGCUUUUGUCAUCUAUAGUUUUCUAUCACUUUGCUAUGAAUAUUUGGGUGGUGAAGGUGCUAUUAUGGCAGAAAUUCGUGGCAAACAUAUUGACCGAAGUUGGCGGACAUGUACAUGUUGUUUGUCAAACCAAGAAUAUACAAUUGGAUUUUUAAGAUUUUGUAAACAGGCAACACUUCAAUUUUGUUUGGUAAAACCUUUAAUGUCUGUAGUUAUACUUAUUUUACAAGCAUUUGAUAAAUAUAAAGAUGGAGAUUUUUCGACAACGGGUGGUUAUCUUUAUAUAACAUUAAUUUAUAAUGUUACUAUAUCACUUGCACUUUACGGCUUAUUUUUAUUUUAUGAAGCAACAAAACAUAUUUUAGCUAAAUAUGAUCCUGUUUUGAAAUUUUUAACAGUUAAAUCAGUUAUUUUUUUAACAUUUUGGCAAGGAGUACUCUUGGCUAUAUUUGAAGAAUUUGGAAUUAUUCAAGCAUUUCAAGGAAAAACAAAUUUAAGUGUUGGUACUGUUGCUGCUGGUUGGCAAAACUUUUUUGUUUGUAUUGAAAUGUGUUUAGCUGCUAUUGCUUUACGUUUUGCCUUUCCACAUGAGCCUUAUAUGAUACAUGACAAUUAUCUUCCCUCAUCAAUAACAAAUUCUUGUCAAGGAGAAACAACGGGUGUUAGUGGACGAAUAGUAACAAUGCAAAGUAUUUCAAAUAAUCUUAAAGAAACAAUGAAUCCAAAAGAUAUUAUGCAUGAUGCAAUUCAUAAUUUCCAUCCACAAUAUAGAGAUUACACACAAUAUAAUGCACAAGCAGUUCAUCUGGACACAGAACUACCUUCUGUGAUUUUCCAGCUUCCUCGGACAACCGAUGAUCGAUCAACAGUUGUUUCAUCAUCAAAUGGAAAUUCAUAUGCAACAUCGAAUGAUGGACCAGCAACAUUACCUAUUGAAACUUCAGUUCAAAAUCCUACUAGUAUUCUACAAAAUUUUCCUAAUAAAUUAAUACCAAAAAUAUUAACAAAAAAAGAUGCAGAAAAAGAUAUGUUAUUAAUUAAUGAUGAUGCUUAA